AUGACCCCAAUUCAAGCUUUCUUCGCCCGAAACCCAGAGUUCUCUUAUGACCAGAGCAAAGAAACAAUAGCCCAAUUUCACGACAUGGCCCGCCAGCUCAAAUGGAAAAAGGCAACCAGGUGUGAGGCACUCCGUGACAUACAAGCCGCUAUGGAACAGCAAUUCAAGGAGAUAUACGGAGGGAGCGUGGACGACCUCCAUGCUUGGCAGAGGCUAUGUGAGGUAGUCGGCCGACAGGAGAUACCGAACGAUAUUGAGGCGUGCAAAGCGGUGAUUGAGGGAGUCCAUGUGAACAUAUGGGACCUAGUCGAUUAUCCCGCGAUGAAGGUUCCACCGCCUAUGCACGCCACCGAGACCGCACUAUCCAAGUAUACUCGUUCAUCUGGCAAAUUCUAUCCAAGGAGGGAUGCACAUGGACUUUUGAAGGUUCUUCUGAGGAACAUCCUUAAUCCGUCGCGAAAACGGGAAGGAACGGGGAGCGGGGCGGGAAGGCGAGGAGGAUCAGAAUAG